CUCUUCUCCUGCAUUAGUCUUGAGUUAUCUAUCGUUAUCUCUGCUCAUACCUGAAAACAAUGAAGAUCGUCACUCUAUUUUUUGCCUGUGUGGCUUUGCGCAAUUUUGCAAAAGUCGGUGCUAUGCAGGAACCGAAUCCCCAUCCAGGUAUCGCUCCUGAAGUUGAUCAUGUUCAGAAACAUCAAAUUAAAAUUAAAAAUCCUGUUCCUAAUCAGUCAGAACUUCCAGAAGGAGAGGUAAUAAUAGCAAAAUUGGUCAAUAACGAACUUGCAGAAAAGCUUCAUGGGAAACUGGUGACUGAUGAACAAGUUACAUCGUGCAAUAGUCGACAUGGGUACGCGAUUGUUGAUAUCAAUGAUAGCGUACGCUUAUAUGCAUGUCUCCAACCCGACUUGAGGCCUCCACGGCCUGUAAAUUCGAGGCUUUCUGGCCCUAAUCCAUUAUACAGUGCUGCUGUAGAAAGACAAAACAGACCUAGACUCGAAGCCAAACUUGCGCCUAGCAAUGGAAGAUCAACAAGCGAAUCUCGCGAUCUUUUAGGACGACUCGGCCACGUUCGUUUCAUAAGGCAGAAUGAAAUUGUUCUUGAGGGCGACUUACAUAAAUACGAGCUUGGAUUUGCAUUCCAUCCAUGGCCUUCUACUCCAUGGUGAAAGCGAACGUAGUAGCCUAGGUAUGUGACGACGCUGGUACGUUCGUUACGUAGAGGCAAAUGGAAUAAUGGUUGUUGGAGGCUUAUAUAAAUAUCCUAUUCCUCAUUCGAUUAUAUUCAAUCAAUUACAAUCAAUUACGAAAAAGAAGAGUUGAGAAUACCUAAAUAUCGAAAACCCCUCCUUAUCAUUUCAUUCAAGAACCGUUUUCACUGAAUUUGUGUUUAACAACUCUCGCAAGCACGAGCUUGCUCUUAUCACAAUUUCGUUUACGAUUUUCUAUCAGUAAUCCCACCUUUGGCAUGUGGAUGGUAACGGUUUUCCGCGUCGUGUUUUUCAAAAUUGUCCUAGCGCAAGCGCAGUACGUCUACAUGCCAAAGUUGGGACCACUGUUUUCUGUGUGCCCACGAAUCAAGCUUGGUCUAAGGGACCAGCGAUCCUAGCACGCUCAUAAUUCACGUUUAGUGUAAAAGUUCGAUCCUUUAUAUUGUUCAUUAUGCAAUCACUCAACUGAGCAAUUCAAAACCUUUAUUUCUGUAAAAAAGAAUAUGUAAGA